CCCUCCGCCUCAACGCCGCACGCAACAUUGAAUCCAUCGUCUCUCCCACAAACGCCCUCACGUCCUGCUAAAUUCUCGUUGAGAGUCAUUCGUGGAGCGAACUCAACAAUACCUUCUCCUUCGCCAAAAAGCACGCUUUCGACCGCCUCUUUAUGGCCGACUGCAUCAGGAUGCCAUGGCAGCAUGCCAACCUGCAUAAAUCCAUUGCCUGGUUCCCGUGGAGGGCCCAGAGGCGCGUCGCUGGGUCGUUGCCGGGUUUCAUGA